ACACACGCUAAUAUAUAUAUAUAUGUACAGACAGACAGCUGGAAGGAACCACACACUGAGGCUGGGACUUUAAAGGCGGUGGUGGUGUGGACCUGCUGUAGGAGCCUCACCAUCAACAUCCUGCCAGUCUCACCAUGAGUAAGGCAGGUGCUGAUGAAGGCGGCGGCGGCAGCAGUGAAAAAGCCUUGCAGCAGGCGGAGGAUGAGACUCCCGAGGGAAAGUUCCCGGGAAAACUGAGCGCCGUCAUCAGCGGACCGGGCUGGACCAAGGUCACCUGCCCCUGCUGUGCCACAGAAAGGGUGGAGCCACUCGUUCUGGUGAAGCUCGGAGCGAACGUUCGGCCCGAGACCAAGAGGUGGCUCAUCAAGCUGAUUGGAGCUUCUCAGAAAGAUGGAGGUGCUGGUUUAUUGGCUCACCCCGGUGAGGACGCCAGUGGCAACAUCGUCGUCGUCUCCGCUCCUCGCUGCACGUUACUGCGAGCCGCCGAGGAGUUGGGUCUGUGUAAGACGUACCAGAGCGGGGACAUGGAGGCGUUCUCCUACAACGACAGAGACAACUUUAAAGAUUCAGACAACACGGAAGUGUUCCUGACUCUGGCCGAGCGACAGUUCAUGGUGAAGUACGAGCUGGACGGUCUGCGGGCGCAGAGGGACCUGAGGAUCCCCGGUCUGACGGACGGCUGCGCGCUGCAGAACCGAGACAACGUCUGGCAGAAGCUCGGCUCGGCUGGUGUCAUCGUGGACACGUUUCCUCUCCACAACCCGGAGCAGCUGAAGGAGCUGAGUGAAGCCUGGUACUCUGGGAAUCAGCUGGUUCAGCCGCUGGAUUCAGUCAACGGGUAUUUUGGAAGCUCUGUGGCUUUUUACUUCAGCUUCCUGGAUUUCUACACCUGGUCUCUGCUUCCACCCGCCAUUCUGGGUCUGUCCAUCACAUACUUCUCAGGUGAGGCACAGAAGGAGGUGGUGGACUCAGUCUCGGGCGCGCAGGUCGAGGAGGAGGAUGAAGAUCACGGUCACAGCGGUCACAUGAUCCAGGCGGUGUUCAGCAUGCUCUGGUCCACGGUUUUCAUGGAGAUGUGGAAGCGCAGGAGCUCGUCCCUGUCCUACCGCUGGGGCACCCUGCACCUCGCCGAGCGCUUCGCCGAGCCCAGGCCUGGGUUUCACGGUGACCUCGGGGUGAACCCUGUGACGGGUCGCGUGGAGCCACUGUUUCCCGGCUGGCAGAGAGACCUGCGUAUGGCGCUGGUGUCGAUUCCCAUGGUGGGGCUGUUUCUGGGGCUGGUGAUUCUGGGGAUGCUUGGCUUCUACUGGGGUGAGGCUCAGGUUCAGCAGCUGCACACUGACUGGGACUCACUGGUGUCACAGACGUUGCUCUACGUGCCCUCGGUGCUGCACAUCGUCUACACGAACAUGCUGGCCACUGUUUACAAGACGGUGGCACGGGCUCUGACUGAAUAUGAGAACCACAGAGAGGAGUCGUCCUUCGAGAAGCACCUGACAGCUAAAGUCUUGGUGUUCACCUUCUUCAACUAUUUUGCUGUGCUCUUCCACAUUGCCUUCUUCAAACAGGACGUGCCUUUGCUCCGAAAGCGUCUGGCGUCGCUGCUGAUCGUGACGCAGCUGGUGAACCAGGUGACAGAGGUGGCCAUACCGUUCCUGGUGGACCGCUUCAUCAGCGCCCCCCAUAGGGCAGAGAGUGAAGACGACCCACAGGAGGACAAAUUCAGGAAGCAAAGCACCCUCCCCGUUUUCCCCGGUCUGUUUGCAGAGUACAUCGAGCUCCUGGUGCAGUUCGGGUACCUGAGCCUCUUCUCCUGCGUGUAUCCUCUGACGGCCGUGCUGCUGCUCGUCAACAACAUGACGGAGAUCCGCUCGGACGCGUACAAGAUCUGCAAGCUCUUCCGCAAACCGUUCACGCCGCCCGUGGCUAACAUGGGCGUGUGGCAGCUCGCAUUCGAGGUCCUGAGUUUUGUCUCCGUCGUGUCCAACUGCUGGCUGCUGCUGCUGUCGCCACGGUUACGGGGCCUGUGUCACGAGGCCGGGAUGAGCAGCACAAACAUUCUUUUGUCAGCUGUUUUGGUCGAGCAUUUUCUCAUCUUGGUCAAAGUCGUCCUGUCGGUCCUGAUCCCAGACGAACCGGACUGGAUCCGAAGAAAGAGAGAGCAUAUAGAGUUCACGUCCAUGGAGGCUCUGAAGCUACAGAAGCUGCAGCCUGACAAGUCGUGAUUUCGCUUCGACUAGAAAAGAUACUGCUGUGCAGAACCAUCGUCAGUGUUGUGUCCACGCUCACAGUAUAUCUAUAUAUAUAUAUGUAUAUAUAUAUAUAUAUAUAUACACACACACCGCUCUGCUUUAACGCUCACUGUGUGUUCACCGUUGAAGCCUUUUCUGCUCUGCUCUGCUCUCUCGUCACCAAAUGUGCUAAUUAUGACACAUUUGUACCUGGAAUUGCACCUUUACAUCACUCACAAGGUAAAGAGAAAAGUGUCGCCUCCCCCUUUAUAUUUAAUAUUAGACAGCGAAUGGAAUGUAAUGAUUAUUAUUAUUAUAAUAAUUAUUGCACUUAAAAAUAUUAUGUCUCAGUAUAGAAGGGAUUUGUUCAGAUUGAAUUGAUAUAUAAUUAAGAUUAAGUGAGGGACUAACAGGAAACAGUAUAAAUUAUACAGUAUAAACAGCCUGAUGUUUGUAUUACGUUACCUUCAUAAAGAGCUCUGGUUCUCUCUGACAGCAGACGCUUUUCCAUGAUGCAGUUCUAGCGCGACUCGGCUCGACUCGGUUCGGUAUCAGACACGCGUCGUUUUCCGUUACUUCAUAGUUCCUCCUUAGCGACUUAAACGUAAAACGUUAAAAGAUGUUUGUCAAACCCGGAAAUUACCAAAAUGAUUGAGUUGGAAUGAUUUCUUUGUCAUAUGGAGCAAAGAAACG